CCCACUUUAUACUGUUUCAAAACUAUAACCCCAAUUUCCAUUUCUUUCGUAUCCUAAUUCCACUGAAACGAAAUUUCAAUUCAACCCAAAACCCUAAUUUUGUUUCGACUUUGCUCCUUUCAAUCGUAGAUCAUAUUUUAGGGUUUCCUUCACCUUUCGGAAACCAUGCAUAAAUUGGGGAGAGGUCAUCGUGAUAAACUCCAGCAGUUUGUAACAAUAACCGGAGCUAGCGAGAAAGUAGCAAUGCAGGCUCUGAAGGCUAGUGAUUGGCAUCUUGAAGGAGCAUUUGAUUAUUUUUACAGCCAGCCUCAGCUUAGAAAUGUAACUGAUUCUAGACACUUGGAGGAGCUAUACAAUAGAUAUAAAGAUCAAUAUAUUGAUAUGAUUUUCGCAGACGGCAUUACUCUCCUUUGCAACGAUAUCCAGGUGGAUCCUCAAGAUAUCGUAAUGUUGGUUCUUUCAUGGCACAUGAAGGCUGGCACUAUGUGUGAAUUUUCCAAGAAGGAAUUCAUUGAAGGCUUACAAUCUCUGGGGGUUGAUUCGCUGGAGAAGUUCCGUGAAAAGAUACCAUAUAUGCGCUCUGAGCUGAAAGAUGAACAAAAAUUUCGCGAGAUAUAUAACUUUGCUUUUGGCUGGGCAAAAGAGAAGGGUCAAAAAUCUCUGGCAUUGGAUACAGCUAUUGGAAUGUGGCAAUUAUUAUUUGCCGAGAAGCAGUGGCCACUAGUUGAUCAUUGGUGCCAGUUCCUACAGGCUCGACACAACAAAGCAAUAUCAAGGGAUACAUGGUCUCAACUUUUGGAGUUUGCAAAGACGGUUAGCUCCAAUUUAACUGAUUACGAUGCUGAAGGUGCUUGGCCAUAUCUUAUUGACGAGUUUGUUGACUAUCUGAACGAAAAUGGUGUUGACCAACACGGUCAGAUCAAUGAUUCUAGUCUAAAACGAUGAUUCAGAUCAAUGAUUCUAGUCUAAAACGAUGAUUCGUUAAAAUGCUGUUUUAGAAAAUUUGAUCUCUGGACUUUCUAGGAUGGACUCGUUGUCGAGGGGGAUGCGGUCUAAAUAUGCAAAAAGAAGCGGGCAUGGCUGCUAGAACAAAACUCAUUCAUGCAGACAAGGAGUAGCAACAGUCUCUUGAGAUUGUUUAUAUUAUUAGUACAUCGAUUUAUUUGGGAAGUAUUGUGGAGUUAGUAAUGGGAGACUUCUGAUACCAUAUUAGUUUGUUGACCCUUUUAAUAACUUGUACAAUGUUUGGUUAGAUAUAAUAUUUUGAAAUUAUAUGGGAAAA